UGACACGGAGUCAUGAUGGUUGACUCAAGGUUCAUAAUCAAGAUCCCGAAAGUGAGAUUGCCUUUUUCCUGUCGGUUUCCACGUAUUGGUCGUAAUCAGAUAACUGAAGUCGACUUUCUCAGCUUCGACAGACAACCUGCAGUCGGAAUCAAGACGUCGCUCGCUACGUUACCCACAUGGCACCGCGCGGGCGGUGCCACACUAGAAGAUAUGACGUGCACAGGGGCUGUUAUGAGUGCCUAUGAGGAAAGCGAAAAGGAAAAGGCAUGGGUCGAAACAAUCGAGAAAAAUACCCGUUUCGUUCCAUUUUACUACCAAUCGCAAGAAAAAGGAUGCCAAAGAAUCAACAUCAAAGUAAAGCUCACCGGUUACAAAGGGGAUGCUGAAAAGCUUAAGCUGCAAGCCAAGCUUUUAGACGCGAACAAGGACGAAAGGCAGUUUGACAUGAAAAUUGAAAAUCAAGACUGGAAGAACCUGAAGACCAGCGAGCCAGGAGUCCUCUCUGGCAGGAUAACAUUUAGACUUGUACUGGCACCAAAACAACCAAGAAAAGAGCCAAGGAAAGAGAUCAGGAAAGAGACAAGGAAAGAGACAAGGAAACAGGCAAGGAAACAACCAAUAACGGGCCUGGCUAGAGCCAAAAGAAGCAAAAACCAGCACAUUCUCUACCUCUUCCUCUAUGUGCAAGAGAGAGAAUCAAAGCAUAUCGUAGCCCAGCUAAGAUCAGGUCCCAUUUUGGACUCGACAUCCCCCUUCUUCAGUGAUUUCAAAAUCGAAAAAAUCAUUCCAAGAAACUGUAGUGAAGGAGAAAUUGUAAUAUGCAAGAAAGGGCCAUUUACUGAGGACGUAAAAGUUGCAUUUAUCAAAAAGGAUUCCCCCGAAACAGAGAGUGUGUUUUCAAUCUCAGAUAAGACAUUCAUCCAAAAGAGAGGCAAGGACGCUAUUGUCAGAUUCAACAAUGCCUUAAGUGGUGGAACAUACAAGGUAGAACUUCGAAGAACCAUACAUAUUGAUAAUUUUGAACCAUUUGACCAAGUUAGCAGGGAAUCUUUGGAAAUAUAUGUAAAGCCAGAAGAAAAUUGUGCUCAUGAAGACGAUCGCCCCUCUACUGCGUCAGCGAGUACCACUGAUUUGCAUCCCGCACUGAGUGGCACCCAAUACUUCACAACAGAGAUGCACACAAACUAUGCCUUGUGCUGCGUGCUUCUCGUGAACUGUGGUGUCCGCCAGCUGCUGUUUGUAACAGUUAUGAGUCGACCAGUAAGGGAUCAAACAUGCCGAGUUUUUCUACCUAUUGUCAUUCGCUACAAACAAAUGUAGUAUUACCUCUGACAGCAACGGAAGGACAAGCAAGUAGCCCUGCACAAAAUUUCUUCACACGACACAUUAGCAAUGAUUCUAGUCUUCCCUUUGGUUGCAAAUCAUCGCAUGCCUGGCAGUGCGGGAUUAACAACGGUAGUGUAGAAUACCUUCAACAAGGAAACCAAACCACAAAUGUGAAUGGAAGUUUAAUGUACGGGCACGAAUCGUUACAACAGCCCUCCACAGAACACAUUAAUAGUGAUCCUAGUCUUUCCUCUGGAUGCCAAUCUUCACAUACCUGGCAGUGUGAGAACAACAACGAUAGUGUAGAAUACU